AUGGUACUUGUCCUUUUCGGAAAUGCGGUAGGCAAAAUCACACAACUGGAGCGACGACUAGUUCCUCAAAAUGACAAUUGCGAUGCACCAAGUCCCAGGCCAUUGGAAGCUAAUGUCAGAAAUGCUGCUGGUCUAGACGCUCGAGAUGCUGCAGCUGGCCAAUUAUCGAGCGAUUCUGAUGACGACGAAGAAGAUGCGCCACUGCCAGCACCACAGCCGUUAGCAGUACAACAACCGACAAGGCAGCUAGUAGCACCUCAGCUAGCAGCACCCCAGCAAGUGGCAAGGCAGCCAGUGGUAUCGCAGCAAGCUGCAGGGCAGCCAGUAGCACCGCAACCAGUAGUACCGCAACAACCCACACCACAACCAGCGUCACCGCAGCUACCAGUGCCGAACAGGCGACGAAGGAGAAUUCCACUGGCCGAGUUAAUUCGUGAAAAUCAUUCACUAUCAAUAUUUCAUCCGAAAUAA